AUGCGAGUUGCCCGUCUCUCGUUCUUCCUCUACUCUCUGGCCCUCGUGGCCGUCACAGCUGGACAGAGCCAGGGAGUUACUGACAUAGCCGCCGCCGUCACCUCUGCGGCCUCAGUGCCUACCGCCGCCACGGAAACCUCGACGACCUCGACUACCUCAUCGUCUGAGUCCACAGAAACCACUUCUACUACUAGUUCCGAGAGUACAAAGUCGACAUCAACCACAUCAACCACAGAGACUACAUCGACCACCUCCAAGGACAAUAACCCUCCGCCUACCACAACCUCAACUUCCACAACUUCCACCAAAGACAGUGCUCCAGCGCCUACCACCACCUCUGAUGGUUCGUCGGCCACUGAGACAAGCAGCUCGAAGACGACUUCCAGUGCGAGCGAUGUGAUCAAGACGAUUACCACGACUCACACCAUCAGUGGAACACCCGUGCCGACCACGUACACCACCACUUCUCCUCAGGGCAGCAGCUCGACCGAUUCCCCUGGCUUGAACGGCUCAAACCAGAAAGACUCUAGCUCUGGUCUCUCCUCUUCUCAGAAGAAGAUCAUUAUUGGUGUCGUUGUGGGUGUUGGUGGUGCCAUCAUCAUGGGUGCUAUUGCUGUAGUUAUGUGGAGGAUCCGUGCCAGAAGACGUGCUGCGGCCGACAACGAUGAGGCUGCCGAUCUCAUGAGUGGUACCGCUGUCGGUAGCGGUGCUCGAGAGAAGGCCCCCAGCCCUGGAGCCGGCGGUACACCAUUCAGAAGUACACUUGACCAAUACCACAACCCUGGUCCUGUCAAUGCUGCGUCCAACUUCUAG